UCCCACUCUAACCGCGCAUGGGUGACUCCUGGAGCGCACAGCGUGGCGAUCGGCGAGAGCCGGUAAUCGGCAUUCCUCGGAGGGGACAUGUACACAGAUCAUCAGAGCACUGAUGAUCAGGGUUCCCUGAUGAUCUGUGUAGCCCCAGCAGUGCCACCUGUCAGUGUCCAUCAGUGCCAGCUCUCAGUGCUCAUCCAUGCCACCUGCCAGUGCCCAUCAGUGCCACAUCAAUGCCACAUAUCAGUGCCCAUCUGAGCUGCCUUUCAGUGUCACCCAUCAGUGCCAGUCAGUGCCACCUAUCAAUGCCAGUCAGUGCCACCUAUCAGUGCUGCCAGUCAGUGCCACCUAUCAAUGCCAGUCAGUGCGGCCUAUCAGUGUGCAUCAGUGCCGCCUUUCAGUGCCCGUCAGUGCUGCCUAUCAGUGCCGCCUAACAGUG